AGAUAAAUUACAUUAAAGAAAUGGCACAUCGCAAGCCUUCUUCGAACUCUUAAGAAAGGCACUUCAUCAGUUUAUGCAAAAUGUUCCUCACACUCGGUCAAUAUUUCGAGCUGUUUGUGAUCUUGGUAGCCUUGGUACUAACCGCGGUCUUUUUGAAAAAUAUCGGAAGGAUUGUUCAAAUUGCGGGCAUUGUUACAAUAACGGUGGCAAACUUGAUUAUUAACAUCAUUUUCGGAUUGGUUGCCGGACGUAGACGUCAUAGGCGCCAUAAGAAACGAUUGAACGAUUUUAACAAUAAUGCCCCUAACGGAAGUACCAUCGAGGAUAUCCCAGAAGAGCAAGAAGUCAAAAACCAAGAAACUGAUGAAAUGUCCACAUUAGAAUGGCUAUCAUCGUAUAUAAUAAAUGUAAUUACUACGGCCUGGGAAUGUAUGGUUUUGCUAGUCCUGAGUGCGUACUAUGUGACAGAGACGUUAAUCUUAAGCGUGACCCCCACGGCCUUUAGGUCACAAAAAAGUCUAAAACAUAAAGUGGUCGUUAUAACAGGUGGAGCAGGGGGAGUAGGACAAGAAUUAGCCGUAAGACUUGCCACAAUUAAAGCCAAAGUUGUUAUUUGGGACGUCAACGAAAAAGCAAUUGAAAAUGCUCAAGAACGUUUCAAAAAAGAAAAUCUCCAGAUAUAUUCGUACGUGGUGGACGUAACUAACAAAAAAAGCGUUGAAAAAACGGCAGACGUUGUAAAAUACGAAGUGGGUCCAGUUGAUGUGUUAAUUAACAAUGCGGGAAUCGUUUCCGGCAACACUUUUAUGGACUUACCCGACGAUAUGAUCGAAAAAACUUUUAAAGUUAAUGUUAUAUCGCACUAUUGGACCAUAAAGGCCUUCUUAAAAGACAUGAUACACAGGGGCAAAGGUCAUAUUGUCACUGUGGGCAGUCUGACCGGCCUUUUGGGAACUUACAAAUGUUGUGAUUACAGCGCUACAAAGUUUGCCACUGUAGGGCUUCAUGAAAGUUUGUUAACUGAAUUAAAAACACACGGUCAUGACAACAUUCACAUGACCCUGGUGUGCCCUUACUUCAUUAACACGGGGAUGUUUGACGGCUGUAAGCCCAAAAAUAUGGCUAUGCUACAGCCGAAAGACGUCGCCAAAAGAAUAGUCACCGCAAUAAGGCUGGAGGAAGUUUUUGUGACAAUUCCAUCGUUUGCACGAUUUGCACUUCCACUUAAACAUUACAUCCCUGCAAAACUGGCGUGGGCCAUGAUGUUUCGACUGAUACAAGGACCGCAAGCCAUGAUGGGUAUGAAGAGUCAUCAAGAAGAAUUUACACAUGAGAUUGUUCAGAAAGAAAGCAAUGGAGGUACUGAUUAUUUACAAUUUUAGA